UCCACUUCCCGCCAAAAUCACAUGCGUCUUCUACCCCUCUCCUUCACCCACUACACACUCGUCUCUCUCUCUCUGUUAACACACUCAAAAAAAAAUGUUGGAAGUGAAGUCGGUGCAGCAGUGUACCAUGUUGAAGAAAGUAAUAGAAUCCAUAACGGAUCUAGUGUACAACGUCGACGCAAACUUCGAGUGUUCGUCCACCGGAAUCUCACUACAGGCCAUCGACCCAAUCCACGAGGCCAUGGUCUCGCUUCUUCUCAGAUCAGACGGCUUCGAGCACUACCGUUGUGAUCCUAACAUGUCUUUAGGAAUCAACCUCGGUAGCUUGGCUGAUAUGCUAAUGUGCGCUGGCGAUGACGACAUCGUUACCGUCAAGGCUCACGACGGCCAAAAUUGUGUUAGUUUUAUGUUUGAAAACCUCGAUCAAGACAAGAUUACUAAUUUUGAGAUGAAGCUGAUGGAUGUUGAUUACGAGCCUCUUGAAAUAAAAGAAUGCAAAUAUGACGCUGUUGUUCGAAUGCCAUCAUCCGAGUUUGCCAGAAUCUGCAAAGAUCUUAACACCAUGGGAGACAUUGUUGUGAUAUCUGUUACAGAAGACGGGUUGCAGUUCUUAACCAAAGGGGACACUGGUACUGCAAAUAUUGUGUGCAGACAAAACCCUUUCGCUGACAAGCGAGAAGAAGCGACUAUAAUUGAAAUGGUGAAACCGAUUUCAGAGAAAUAUGCAUUGAGGUUCCUGAAAUCUUUUACAAAGGCGGCCCCAUUGGCUAGCCAAGUGACACUGAGCUUGGCUUCUGAUUGGCCAAUGAUGGUCGAAUACAAGAUUGCGGAAAUGGGUCACCUGAGGUUCUAUUUGGCUCCAAAGAUGAAUAAAGAUAAUUGUCAAAAUGUUGAUCUGGUGGAACUGAAGUCGGUGCAGGGGAGCAUGCUGAGGAAAGCAAUAAAAACCAUAGCGAAUCUGGUGAACGAUGUCGACGCAAAAUUUGAGUGCUCGUCGACUGGAGUCUCACUUCAGGCCAUGGAUCCAAUGCACCAGGCGAUAGUGUCGCUUCUUCUCAGAUCCGACGGUUUUGAGCACUACCGCUGCGAUCGUAACAUGUCCUUGGGAAUAAACCUCGGUGUCAUGGCUAAAAUGCUAAAGUGCGCUGGGGAUAACGACAUCGUCACAAUCAAGGCUGCUGACGGCGACGAUUGUGUUAAUAUUGUGUUUGAAAACUUUGAUCAAAACAAGAUUACUAAUUUUGAGAUGAAGCUGACGGACGUUGAUUACAAGCCUCUUCAAAUACCAGAAUUCAGUUAUGACGCCACUGUUCGAAUGCCAUCAUCCGAGUUUGCAAGAAUCUGCAACGAUUUUAGCACAGUCGGAGACACUGUUGUGAUAUCUUUUACAAAAGAAGGGUUAGAGUUCUCAACCAAAGGGGACACUGGUACUGCAAAUAUUGUGUGCACACAAAACACUUUUGGUGACAAGCCAGAAGAAGCGACUAUAAUCGAAACGUGGAAACCAGUUUCAGCGAAAUUUGAACUGAGUUACCUCAACUCUUUCACAGAGGCAACCCCACUAGCUAGCCAAGUGACAUUGAGCUUGUGUUCUACAGGACUACUUAAGGUCGAAUACAAGAUUGUAGAAAUGGGUUAUCUAAAGUUCGGUCUGGCUGCAAAGGGAGAAGAAGUUAAAAAGAUGAACGGUGAGCCGGUGAAAACCAAGUCCAAUGGGAAAACCAAACGGGAAGUUAACAAAGAAGAUAUGAAGGCCAAAAAACGACAUAGAGCCAAGGUAGAAAAGAUCAAGGAGGAGAAGUUGCGCCUCAAGAAGGAGGAACAAGAAUAUAAAAUCAUUCUUUUGAAAGAGGAGGUGCGCAUGAUGCAGCAAAAACAAAUGGAUAAAGAUAUGAAGUUCUUUUCAAUGCCGCAUGAUAAUUUGGCUGGAGCGGCGUUGGAUGCGGUGCUGGCACGAAAGUGUGAAAUUGCACAACGUUGGGGAUGGAAAUGAAAGGUUUUUUUUUUUUAUUAAUUUUAUGUAUUGUAAUUGUUUCUAAUUAAUGAAAUGUUAUUUUAUUUACAA